AUGGCAUCCGGAGCGCGCCUGCCGCUAUCGCUGCCACCAUCGCCGCUGCGCGCUCUCCGCCCCCGCCUCCCCUGGGCUCGACCCUCGCCUGACUCAUCGACAGACCUUGGCGGCCUCUCCCGACACCCGCCUGAUACACGUCGAUCCAGCUCCACGCUUCCGGAACGCAUCAACAUCCGCAGGCUCAGACACACGAUGGACGUCCACGAGCGGUACCAGUCGUGGUCCAAGCAGAACCUCGUGCAGCGCAUCGCUGAGCUCGAGGCACAGGCCCUGCAGCACAAGGGCCCGUCGCCCGCUCCUUCUGCCGGCUCAGCUGUUCCUCAGGCUCAGGAUGGAGGGCAAGAGCAGGACGGGCACGGCGCGGCGGCGGCGGCGCCUUCCACGUCGAAAAAGCGCGUGAGGCCGGGCAAGAAGGACAAGGUGGCUCGCGAGUUCGACAUCUCCAACCACCCGUGCCGCAAGAUUGCGCUGCGCUUCUCUUACGAAGGCAGCGGCUACAGCGGACUGGCCGCCCAGAACGGCCCACAGGGCGCUGCGUCGCCCCUCCCGACCGUCGAGGCGGUGCUGUGGGAGGCGCUCGCCACCGCCCGGCUGGUCGACCCAAAGGCCAGCAUGGAGGCCGCCGGCUGGACCCGCUGCGGGCGCACGGAUAGGGGCGUGUCGGCUGCCGGGCAGGUCGUGUCGUUCUGGAUUAGGAGCAAAAAGGUCGACGAGUGGCCUCUGCGGCGGCAGCAGGAGAGGGAGCGGGAGGAGGCGCUCGCACGCCGGGCCGGCCAGCUCCCCUCGGACGGUGCGACGAAAGUGGACAGUGUUGCGACACCGUCGUCCGAAGCGGCCGACCCUGCACAGUCUGAGCCAUCACCUGCCCGCGGCGCCGUCAAGCUCGAGUCCGAGGAGCUGCCCUACGUGGCGAUGCUCAACCGGAUACUGCCUCCCUCGAUCCGGGUGCAGGCUUGGUCGCCAGUGCGGCCCGACUUCUCCGCCCGCUUCGACUGCACCUACCGGCACUACAAGUACUUCUUCACCGCCGGGCCCUCGUCGCUCCUGUUCCCCGCCACCGAGCGAGGCGCCGACGAGGCGAGGGCCAAGCGCCUCGACAUUGCCGCGAUGCGGGGUGCCGCCCGCCGCCUGCUCGGGGAGCACGACUUCCGCAACUUGUGCAAGAUCGACGCCUCCAAGCAGAUCACAAACUACCGCAGGAGGAUCGACGGCGUCGACAUCGACCUCGUCUCGCGCGGCUGGCCCUCGGCUUCGACCGGGCGGCCGUCGGACGCCGAUGUCGGCGAGCACGACGAGCCGCUCUACGUCCUCAACCUGCGCGGUACCGCAUUCCUCUACCACCAGGUCCGUAACAUCAUGGCCGUCCUCUUCCUCGUCGGCGCCAGGCUCGAGCGGCCGGAGGUGGUCGACGAGCUGAUGAACGUCGAGCGCGGUCAGAUCGCCCGCGACCGGAUCCAGAUGAGGGCGGCCGCGCUCAAGGGCGUCCGGCAGACGGCCAACUCUGCUGAACCUUCGGCGGGCCCGUCGCAAGGCCGGGGCGGUGACGAGGCGGAAGACGCAGCGAGCAAGUGGUGGCUGCCCUUCCGUGCCACUGCGUCCGCGGGUGAGAAUAAAGAGUGGGGGCGGCCACAGUGGAUGGACACGGCACUAUCGUGGACCGACGACUCUUCCGCCAACGACGACGACGACGACGACGACGCGCUGGCUGUCUACGACACCAAGCCGAACUACGAAAUGGCCUCGGACCGGCCUCUGGUGCUGUGGGAGUGCGGCUUCCUGCCCAGCGAUAUUGGCUGGCGCGCCGGCACCUUUGACGGGCCGCUGAUGGAGCGCGAUGACCACGAGGACGACGACGAGAGCAACAACAGCAACAAGCUCACGGCCGCCGCGGAAGGACAGGGCGACGGCGGCGACGAGGAGAGCGCUCGGAUAGCAUCGUCGACGGUUCAGGGCUUGCACGAGCUGUGGACGCAGAUGUCGAUCAAGGCCGAGCUACAGCGCCACUUUAUCCUGGCCUCGGCCUCGCCGCGGACGGGCAGGCUGGCGUGCCGCACCGAGUUUGAGAGCGGACGGUGGCCCGUGUUUGACGAGGGGCGCUCGAUUGGCGUCGAACGGGCGCAGUCGGACUCGGUGGCGCCGGCGGCGACGACGGCGACGACGGCGACGACGAGGAAGCAAGGCUACAUCCCGCUCGGGUACGGCAUCGAGCGAGGCGCGCUGAGGUACAUCCCGCUCGACAAGCGUACCAGGGAAGAGGGCUUCGAGGAGAAGAACCGGCGCUGGCUCGAUACGACGGGCAAGCGGAGGGCGGAGCGCGAGCAGACCAAGGCGGCGGACCCGGCCACCCCCGUCGACGACGACGAGUGA